GGGCAGAUUUGCAUGCGUCCUCCCCACCGCCUGCACAACUGAGGCCGCUGCUGCCUCAAGCUGGGGAUGGAGAGAUGGGGCAACUGUGUGAUCAACGGUGUCCCUUCAUCCCCAGGCUGCUGGCUCUGCUCCUUGUCACCACAGGCACUGCAGCUGUUCAGAUCAAGCCAGUAAGCGGCAUGCUGGGGGACUCGGUGCAGCUCCCCCUACAGCUGCUCCCUGGCGACAUGGUGAAGAGGAUCAUCUGGAGCUUCAGAGCCAAUGCCAGCAAGAAAAUAGAACUGGUGGAGUACAACCCGGAGACGUCCGAGUAUCCCAAGUACAACAGGCAGCAGCUGAAGUUGAUCAAUGGGACGUUACAGAUCAGUGCCCUGGAGCUGAAUGACAGUGGGGUCUACGAUGCACAGGUCACAUAUCAGUCAACACUGAUGGAGGAAUGCUCCUUCAACCUCACUGUCUACGAGCCCGUACCGGAGCCCCUGAUCCAGCACGAGAUACUGUCCCACAGUGCCCCGGACUGCAGCAUCAUUCUGCGGUGCUUGGUGCCGGCUGGAAGCGGUGCUCAGGCCACCUGGCAGCACGACAACACCUCCAGUGCACUUUGGAGACAGAGCGAUGACAGACACAUGCUGCACGUGACCAUCCCCACCAGCACCCUGAAUGCCAUCUACACCUGUGUGGCCCGGAACCCGGUGCAGGAGCAGAGCAAGUCCGUGGACCUGGCAGCGUUGUGUGCAGACGAGGCACGCAGGUGGAGGUGGCCCAUCUACCUGGCAGUGCUGGUGGCUGUGCUGGGAGCCUUGAGCAUCGCGCUGUACCUGCUGAGGAGGAGGGGGAAGGCGGCUGACAGAGCUGUCGCCUGCCCCAAGGAGCCGCUGUACUCCCAGGUGCAGAGGGGAAAUGUCGAGGACAGGGACGAGCAGGGCCCCAGCAGAACCAUCUACAGUGAGGUGGGGACCGGUGGGGAUGGCACAGCGCGGCUACAAGCCUGAGCGAGGGAUUACGGACAGACGGACGGAUGGAUGGACGGACAGCCGGACAGCCUGCCCCCAUCUUGCUUCAUUUCGCCGUGUCCUUUUCCCUUCCUCCCCACACAGGAGCACGGGCCUGGCGGUGCUCCCCGCGGCCCCGGGCUGUGCACGGCCCCAAUAAAGAAAGAGAGAAAGA